GCCGUCAACACUCUGCUCAGUGGCGGCGACGAGCACUAUGUGCUCACUUGUGGUAGCGUCGACGAUGGCCAGUCUCAGACCAUUCUGAUGGCUGUCUUGCUCGCCUUCAACCUCCUGCUCGUCGUCGUUGCCGCCGUCUUGGCCUACCGCACCCGCAAGGUCAACUACUCGUACCGCGAAUCCCGCUUCAUUGGCUACGCUGUCUACAACAUUCUGUUCUGCUCUGUCGUCUUCCUUGCCCUCAUUCUCAGCCUGGAGAACGGCUCGUCCAUCUCUUUCGCCCUCAAGCAGCUCGUGACCUGGCUCAUGGUCACCUUCACCCUGGCGGUUCUGCUCGUCCCGAAGGUUUGGAUGGUCCUCAAGUACACUCCCGAGCAGCAGUCCGAGCUCUUUGAGUCCAAGGAGCGCAAGCACGGCUACUCUGGCUCGAACAACAAGCACUCGUCGCAAGACCAGCAGUCCUCCAAGGUCACUGGCGUUCAGGGCACCGUUGGCUCCCCUGUCAUGAGCCGCCAUUCGACUACUCACGACAACAGCGUCACCAUCGAAAUGACCAAGAAGUCCUCGGACAAGUCGUCGGAAGACUCGAGCCCUGCUCAAUCUUAA